AUGCACCUUCCUGAAGAUGACGAGCGUAUGUGGAGAGCGCCGCCGGGCUGGUUUAUAGCCUAUAAAUUUUGGUUCAAGGAGUCGCAUAUGUUCUUCCCGCUUCCGAAGCUGUUCGUCGCGUACUGUGAGGAUGUUCGGAUCGCUUUUUCUCAACUUUGUCCGGCGGGUGUUCGCAAUAUCACGGGCACGCUGGUUCUGGCUGCCGAACUGGGGAUGGAGCUUAAUCUGGACUUUUAUGAGUCGAUGUCGUCCAUUGCUGUCAACCAGGCACUCCCGGGACCUGUAUGUCAGUAUAAAGCCGAAGUAUGGGAUGAUAACUGGCGAUACCGGAACGAGUGGAGUCCGAUCUUUGGUAGAGAGCUCGGCCAAGCCUUUAGGAUGCCUUAUUCGGCCUCCUUUCUGGCUAACCCUCCAGUUAACUUUUACGAGGACGUUCGGCGGCUUUCCGAGCACGGGAAGAGGAAGUGGGAGGACAUCGCCGAGACGCGGAUCAAAGCUCAGUGGCUCGCAUCGCGUCAGGUAAACAUUUAUGUCGUUUGUAGUUGCCGAUCUGUUUCCGUGAUGCUGAUCUGCCUUGUUCUCUCAGCUUCUUGGCGUUUGAAGAAACAGAAGCCAAUGGGGAAGCUUAGUCUGAACUUGCCUCGCUACAGGCAAGAGGUGCCGACCCGGUAG